AUGAUCACCGUCACAGUUAUCAUCAUCAUCAUCAAUUAUCACUUUCAGUAUGAGGGCGAUUUUAUCGCUGGAAUUUACAAUCCGUUGCCAAUUCGAUUCCGUGGAUCCAGCUCAGCAGUUCAGUUCUACUGCGCCACAACACUGGUACCGACGGCUGGAGGCAAAUGCUCGCGGAAGAUAUGUACUUGGAAUGAAUACACCACCGAACAAAAUACCAAAAAGAAGAAUUAA